AUGGCGGUAAAUACUGAACUGUUUAUAAGUGCGAUUCAAUCUAAACCACCUAUAUGGCAAAGCAAACAUCCACACCACAAUAAUCGCAUAAUAACAAGAAAGUUAUGGAGUGAAAUAAAAGAACAAUUUCCUGAAAGUGAAGGUACAUCAACCUGCAGCAGUCACACAAACGCGUUAAAGCGCAACAAAAUGGCAUCAGAUUAUAGAGAUGAACUUAUAGAAUGCGAAAGAAAAAAAAUUUUGCUAAUUGAACAGAAAAUGGCGUCAAUUAGUGACCAGUCGGAGAAAUGUGAUGAUUAUCAUUUUUUUAUGAGUCUCCUACCACAAAUGAAAAAGUUUGGUAAAUUACAAAAGUUACGCAUUCGAAAUAAAAUUACCCAAAUCAUAAUAGAUGAGGCAGAAAGAAUGCAGUUUUCUCAACCGAGAUACGAAGAAAAUUAUGGAGGAUAUAUUACUGGCAACUACCCUAAUUAUUAA